AUGGCCGCUUCUUUAACUACCGAACAACUCAAACGGAUUGAACGUAAUCGGGCGGAAGCUAUGCGACGGAUGGCUUUACGCCAGCAACGAGAGAUGGAACUGGAAAAUAUCAAAAAUAGAAGUAUAGUGGUUCGAGAUGAAAAUAGGAGGCCUGUACAGCAGUCUAUAGCAGGAAGCCAUGAUGGAUGCAAAUUUCCUCUGGCUACGUUCCAUCAGUCAGCAUCACCUACGAAGUAUGUUAUAACAUAUCGUGAUGAACAACAACCAUCCACAUCUCUUUCCGUUGCAUCGAAAGAUGAGGUGGAUCACAAACUGUUGUCUGUAUCACCUAUUAAACGACCACCCGUUGCCACAAUUGUUCAUCGUAAGCAGAAUGUUGUUAACAUUAUCUUCAAGCUUAUCGAUUCUAAAUCUUUUCAGGUACAGUUUGCUCCGUUCAAUGAUUCAGUUAUUUCUGUUCUGAAGGCAAUCCCAUCUAAAAUUUAUGUCCCUGAAAUAAAAGCUUGGUCAUUUCCUUUGGAAGACAUUUCUACAGUUGAAAAAGCCUUGCAGUCAUUAGAUAAUAUCUCAGUAGAAAUGGAAAAAAUUUCGGAUCACGCUGUUAAGAUACUGUUAACUUACGGUAAAUCAAAUACCAGCAUGAAUCAGCCUAAUCUUGAAAUGCACAUCGAAAAGACACUAGUUGAUGCGCUUUUUCCAUAUCAGCGUCGAGGUAUAAUAUAUGGUGUGAUGAGAAGAGGUCGGUUGCUUUUGGCCGAUGAAAUGGGGCUUGGCAAAUCGAUUCAGGCUCUUGGUAUUGCUCGAUAUUUUAAAUGUGAUUGGCCUCUGCUUAUUAUAUGUCCAUCAUCUGUAAAAUUCUCCUGGUUGAAUCAAUUCGAAAGUUUUUUACCGAAUGUUGAUGAAAUCGUCAUCAUUGAAAAAGGAAGCGAUCGCUUACCAUUUAAGAAAACCAAACAAAUGGUGGUUAUCAUGAGUUAUGACUUAAUGGUUUCUAAACAGUUUCAACUUAUUGAAUACGAUUUUAAAGCAAUCAUUUUUGAUGAAUCACAUCUACUAAAGGACAGUAAUGCUCAAAGAACCAAAACUGCAAUGCACAUUUCAAAGAAAGCAUUACGAAUUAUUUUGCUGACUGGAACACCAGCUCUUUCACGUCCAGUGGAAUUAUUCAGUCAAAUUCGAAUCAUCGAUUCUAAAAUGUUCCCGAACUAUCGUGAUUUUGCAACUCGGUACUGUGAUGGGAAACAAGGAAAAUACAGUUUUGAAGCCAAAGGCUGUACAAAUAGUGAUGAAUUAGCAAUAAUUCUAACUGGUAGUGUUAUGUUGAGGAGGUUAAAAAAAGAUGUUUUAAAUGAUCUUCCGGCGAAGCGACGAGAGGUUGUUCACCUAACGGAUGAUUCCAUUUACACAAAUAUUAGCAAACUGCGAGAAGCAAAGGCUGCUUAUAGUGACGCUAAGGACAAUGAUAUAAAACAUCAACGAUUGGUUCAAUAUUAUUAUGAGACUGGAAUUGCUAAAGCGAGGAGUGUUGCUCGAUAUAUUAUUGAUCAUUAUUUUUACGAUGGUGCACCAAAAAGGAAGCUGCUGAUAUUUGCUCACCAUCAGGUCGUCUUGGAUAUGAUAUCUAUGGACGUCGCCAAAAAGGGAUUGAGAUCGAUACGAAUCGAUGGUUCGACGGUUAGCCGGUCACGUGAUGAGCAAUGUCGGUUAUUUCAGGAAAAUGAUGAUGUUAUGGUUGCAGUUUUAUCAAUAACUGCUGCGGGUAUCGGUGUUACUUUAACUGCUGCGUCAGUUGUUAUAUUCGCUGAAUUACAUUGGAACCCGGGUACUUUAAAGCAAGCCGAAGAUCGGGCUCAUAGGCUUGGUCAGAAAGAUUCAGUUUUCGUGCAAUAUUUAAUUGCUAAAGGCACAGCAGAUGACAUAUUAUGGCCGUUAAUUCAAAAGAAGCUUGAUGUUUUGCAUUCGUGCCAAUUAUCGUCCGAUACCUAUCGGGGCACCAACAGCGUUGAAACAACAGUGGGUCCUGAAAAUGGUGGCUUGGAGAAUCAUUUUCCAAGGAUUAAGCGAAUUAGAUCAACUGCAGAAUGA